CUUUCACCCUGGCUACAAGAAAGAGGAUCUCGAUGUCAUGUGCCGUCGCCUCUGCUGCAAGAAUAUCGUCGAACCAGUGGCCCUAGGAUCCAAUUUGAUCGUUGCUCCGUCUGUUACCACUUUGCUUUGUUAACCUCACCGAAGAGAUCGUCGAGAACAUUGCCAAAGACGAAGAGUGGUUCUGUGGCGGGUGCAGACUUCCCGUUCCAAAUCUUCCUGCUGCCGCCAGUGCGCCGUCGGCAAGUGAGUAAAAGUGGCAUCUUCACAUGUCCAGAGUUUACGCAAGGUUCGACUUCCUGGCUAGCAGAAUCUGAUUCACUGUACCCAUAAUAUGUGUGACAACAUUCCUUGUAUCACUCCGCAUAUUGCAAAGCAGCUUUCACUAGAGACUUCCUCAAAUCAAAGAGUGCUUCAUCUGGGAUGUCCACUUCACAAGCGGUAUUUCGAACAAUCACGAAGAUCUCCCCUAUCUUGCAUUCCCUCAUCUCCAGAUUCUCAGGAUGAAGCAAGGUUUCUUUCUGGACCAUGGAGGAACUGUCAAUGGCACCACUUUCCUCCAACUAAUGCCAUCUUGUGCUUGAGCUCGACAACAUCGACGCAAGAAUGCUCGAUUUCUGGCUGUGUUCGGAACAGGCCAACCAUUGCAGUAUCGGCUUACUUGUUCUAUAUAUGCUUGAUACUUCGAACCAAGACACAUCACCCUCUCCCUCGGUCACCAGAACGACACCAAAGAUCUCGACGUCGACGUGCUCUUCGAGAUGCUCGCCAACUUCCCUGGAGACCCUUACCCUGCCUAUUGCAGCAGUGACCCUUGUCACUUGCUCCGGUCUCCCUCUUCUUACAUAGCUUGAGAAGCUUAGAACAAUCGAAAUGACCCCGACUCUUCGCUAUACAACCGCUACUGUACCUAGUGUGCUUAUUUCUGGG